GGUGAAGCGAAGAAGAAGGCGUCUGAGAUUGAACAAGCAAGCUUUCUCUUUCUUCCCUUUCUGUUCCUUCCCAACUGUCUUGGUGUCUCCAAUGGCGGCCUCUGUCGAGAACCGGCAGUUCAGUCGCCUCGAGCCUGGCUUGAGCGGCGUCGUUCACGGUUUCAAAGCAGCUUCCAAUCGCCGCUCCGACUCUCCUGCUCGCGUUUGCAACUUUCCUUCCGCCACCCCAGAACUCUCCCGUCCUAUGAAACCAGCGCCCAUGGACGAAGAAUCCAGCGAAGACGAGGGAGAUUCCUACUUGAAGGAACAGCUUCAGAAGGCCAACAGCGAAGUGGAGCCGUCCAUCUUGGACUCCAGAGAUGAAGCAACUGCUGACAGCUGGAUUGAGAGGAACCCUUCAAUGAUCCGUCUCACAGGGAAACAUCCCUUUAACUCAGAGUCACCGCUGACUCGGCUCAUGCACUGUGGAUUCAUCACCCCGAUUCAGCUCCACUACGUCCGGAAUCACGGGCCGGUCCCGAAGGCGAAGUGGGAAGACUGGACGGUUGAGGUCUGUGGACUCGUUAAACAACCCGCCGUGUUCACCAUGGACCGACUUGUUUCCGAGUUCCCCAGUUGCGAGUUCCCCGUCACCCUCGUUUGCGCGGGAAACCGUCGCAAGGAGCAGAACAUGGUGAAACAAACCAUCGGAUUCAACUGGGGCGCCGCGGGUAUUUCUACUUCUGUGUGGCGCGGAAUACGGCUUUGCAAAGUACUCAAACGAUGCGGCAUCUACAGCCGACGAAAAGGAGCCCUCAACGUCUGCUUCGAAGGGGCAGAAGAUCUUCCCGGCGGUGGUGGGUCCAAAUACGGCACCAGCAUAAAGAAGGAGAUCGCAAUGGAUCCAUCGCGAGACAUCAUUCUAGCGUACAUGCAGAACGGAGAGCUCUUAUCACCAGAUCACGGCUUCCCCGUUCGUAUGAUCAUCCCGGGCUUCAUUGGUGGACGAAUGGUGAAAUGGCUGAAGCGCAUCAUCGUCACUACUGAGGAGUCACAGAAUUACUACCAUUACAAAGACAACCGAGUCCUCCCUCCCCACGUUGACGCCGAGCUGGCCAACGCCGAAGCUUGGUGGUACAAGCCGGAGUACAUCAUCAAUGACCUGAACAUAAACUCGGUGAUCACGACGCCAUGUCACCAGGAGAUCCUUCCGAUUAACUCUACGACCACUCAAAGAUCGUAUACGUUGCGGGGCUACGCCUAUUCCGGUGGAGGGAAAAAGGUGACACGUGUGGAGGUGACACUGGACGGUGGAGAUUCAUGGCUGGUUUGUGCACUGGACCACCCAGAGAAGCCCAACAGAUACGGGAAAUACUGGUGCUGGUGCUUCUGGUCGGUUGAAGUGGAAGUGAUGUACCUACUUGGAGCCAAGGAAAUCGCUGUACGGGCCUGGGAUGAAACACUGAACACCCAACCGGAGAAGCUCAUCUGGAACGUCAUGGGAAUGAUGAACAACUGCUGGUUCAGGGUGAAGAUGAACGUGUGCAAGCCGCACAAGGGCGAAAUCGGGAUCGUCUUCGAGCACCCGACUCAACCAGGCAACCAGCCGGGUGGGUGGAUGGCUCGCCAGAAGCAUCUCGAGUCGGCCGAGUCAAACCAGACCAUGAAGAAGAGCGUUUCCUCGCCUUUCAUGAACACAUCAUCAAAGACCUUCUCCAUGCCCGAGGUGAACAAGCACAACUCGGCUGAGUCUGCUUGGAUAGUCGUCCAUGGCCACGUCUACGACUGCACCGGGUUCCUCAAGGACCAUCCAGGUGGUGUCGACAGCAUCCUUAUCAAUGCCGGCAGCGAUUGCACCGAGGAGUUCGACGCAAUCCACUCCGACAAAGCCAAGAAAUUGUUGGAAGAUUAUCGUUUGGGACAACUCAUCGCCACCGCUUACAACUCGGACUCAUCCUCCUCGUCGCCCAACAACUCGGUCCAUGGCGCUUCCGACUUGACUCACCUAGACCCUAUCAAAGAAGUCACUGUUACUAGAAACGUGGCUCUGAUACCACGUGAGAAAAUUGCAUGCAAGCUCGUCUCCAAGAUUUCGAUCUCUCACGACGUGCGCCUCUUCCGAUUUACAUUGCCGUCGAACGAUCAAGUUCUUGGAUUACCAGUAGGGAAGCAUAUAUUCCUCUGUGCCACCAUUGACGGUAAGCUCUGCAUGAGAGCUUACACACCCACAAGCUCUGUAGACGAAGUGGGCUACUUUGAUCUGGUCAUCAAGGUCUACUUCAAGGGCAUAAACCCUAAGUUCCCCAAUGGAGGGCUUAUGUCACAGUUCCUGGAUUCUCUCCCUCUGGAGUCCACCUUGGACGUCAAGGGUCCACUGGGAUAUAUCGAGUAUACCGGCCGCGGCAACUUCACCGUCCACGGCAAGGCCAAGUUUGCGAAGCGUCUGGCUAUGAUCGCCGGAGGGACGGGCAUCACGCCGAUCUAUCAGGUGAUUCAGGCAAUUCUGAAGGAUCCAGAAGAUGAUACAGAGAUGUACGUGGUGUAUGCCAAUCGCACUGAAGAUGAUAUACUGUUGAGGGAAGAACUUGAUGGGUGGGCUGAGAAGAAUGAGAGAUUGAAGGUGUGGUAUGUGGUGGGGGAGUCAUUGAGGGAAGGCUGGAAGUACAGUGUAGGGUUCAUUACAGAGAACAUUCUGAGGGAGCACAUACCUGACGGAUCGAGCGACACGUUGGUGUUGGCGUGUGGGCCGCCGCCGAUGAUUCAGUUUGCGGUGGUGCCGAACUUGGAGAAGAUGAACUACGACGUUAAGGAGUCGCUGCUGGUGUUUUGAAGCGCUCUAGCGCCAAGUCUGACAUCUUCCAUUGUUGUACAUACUAGUAUUGCAUCGUAACUAGUCGUUCGUUUAUGUGUUGUAGUAUAUUUUUUCAUUGUUGUUUUAAACUUUUAAUUGUAUGUUCUUUGUAA